AUGUCGAGCAGUAUGUUAUCGAGCUUCUCGGAAACCUUAAAUGCAUCCGAGGCCGCACUUCGUCUUCUUAUCUCCAUUUUACUUGGAUUACCUAUUGCCCUUUUUCACAGAUAUACUUUAUAUGGAAAAAGUCCGAUUCUUCAACAUUUAUUUUUCUCAAUCUCUGGCAUUUUAAUCUGCUACUGGAAUUACGAACACAAUACAUUUCACUCAGCAGCAACAUUAUGUAUCACUUACCUCAUCUUGAAACUUUUUGGUGGUACUUCUUUAUCGGUUUUUGCUACUUUCGUCUUCAAUAUGUCAUAUCUUCUAUACGGAUAUUACACGACAAGUACAGAUGAUUAUGAUAUUAAAUGGACUAUGCCGCAAUGUGUAUUAACAUUACGAUUAAUUGGUCUAGCGUUCAACAUAUUUGACGGUAAAAAAUCGGAAGAAAAGCUAUCUGCACUGCAGAAACAGGUGGCCUUGAAAGAACAACCUACAUUUUUGGAGGUUGCAGCAUUUACGUAUUUUCCGGGGUCGUUUCUGGUCGGUCCACAGUUUAGUAUGAAAAGGUACUUAGACUUCGUGAAUGGUCGACUCAUUGAUGAUAGUGUUAAAAAGGAUGAAAUUAAAUUACCGGAUUGCGUGACACCUGGUAUUACUCGAAUACUGAUCGGAUUUAUUUACGUGAUAAUGUUCCAGUUAGGAACUCUAUAUAUUCCGGAUCAAUAUUUGUUAAGUACAGAGUUUCUGAAACACAACUUCCUGAAACGUCUACUUAUGAUUGGCUUCUGGGGCCAUGUUAAUCUCUAUAAAUACGUUUUCUGUUGGUUGUUCAGCGAGGGGGUUUGCACAACUUUCGGACUGACUUACAAUGGAAGAGAUAAGAAAAAUCGACCUGUUUGGAAUGGUUGUGAAAAUAUUCAGUUGUUGACUUUUGAAACAGCAACCAGAUUUAAUUAUUUGAUUUUGUCAUUCAAUAUAAAUACUAACCAUUGGUGUGCGGAGUACAUUUAUAAGAGGCUGAAAUUUUUGGGGUCGAAAUUGUAUAGUCAAUUCGCAACGUUACUCUUCCUCGCCGUAUGGCAUGGAUUCCAUUCGGGAUACUAUGUGUGUUUCUUCAUGGAAUUUAUUAUCAUGUAUGCUGAAAGAGACUUAACUCAGAUAUUAGAGAGAAACGAAAAGGUACAAGAUUUGGUGAAAAGUCACCCCGAAAUUCGGAUCGCCUUUGCGAUUUUUACGUUUAUCUAUACGUUUAUGUUCAUGGGCUACAGUCUUGUUCCUUUCAUUCUUUUGUCGUAUACUCGUUAUCACCAGGUAUACUCUUCUAUUUAUUACAGUGGUCACAUUAUCUAUCUAUCUUAUCCUUUCGUUUCUAUACUACUUAAGAAGUUCCUUAUCAAAAGGAAACCAAAAAAGCUCGAAUAAUACCUAACAAGUUUUUAAGAAAUAUUAUCGAACAAUAUGGCUCUUGAAAUAUUGAAACGAUAAAAAAGUUUGUAAGUGGGCAAAAAUUGCUUACAAACUAUCUAUUUUUAAAAAGUGAAAAAUACAAUAUUAGAUUAUAGGAUAGAUUUGUUGAAAGAGAGAGAAGCUUGUCAUCUACGUACAAGUAGGAGAAUAUUUUCUUAUUAGGUCUUGCCAUCAAAAAGUAUUGCCUCGAUUGUUUUCUUUUAUAAGACAUAUUCGUGAUUUGACAUCGCAUGCUUUUUAAAAUUGAUGGUAGACGUUUACUGUUAACCAGGGAAGACUAUAACGCAUGUUCUUUGUAAUUUGUUCGUGAUUGAUACAUACUUAAACUAAUCGCACAUAACAUUAACGAUUAGAGACGUUGUCUUAGUUGCUCGAAUUUAGGGAAAAUAUCACUUUCUUUAAAUAAGAUGUAAAAUUAAUUUUUAAUUGCUCAUAGAGUAAUCGAGAGAAUUUUCAGAGCUUUCUUCUUGUCGGAAGAAUUUCUGGGAGAAAAUUUUUUUCUAUGAAAAGGUGCUCAGAAUUUUUUUUAGAUGUAAUGUAGACAGUGAAUAUUUUCCCAAAGUAUUUUUUAGUGAUUUUAGGGAGUUAAAUGAUCACAUUAUAGAAAUACGAUAGCGGCUGUGCAAACUAGUCAAAGGAAGAAUCAGGAUUUGAAAAAUUUUAGCAAAAUUUGUAAAACGAAGUUUUUUCUUCGAAUAAAUGAUAGUUAUCGUUUCACAUGUUUGUAAUUACACCGCUACGCAAGAUAUUCGAUCAGAAUUGUUCGAAUAUUUAAUGAAAAUAUCUAUUUUUUGUACAAUUUCCUUUAAACGUAUUUACAGAUUUAACAGCAUUUAUAAAGUGAUUAACUUAGAAUCGAGUCAUUUGUUGAUUUGAAAGUAAAGAUAUUAUUCAAUUCUCUUUGUUAGAAUUGAAUCGUGUAAGCUCAAAUUUAACUAUAAGCGAGAUGGGAAAAGAUAAUGUAUGAAUGAAUGGAUUGCAUUGAUUCCUUUUAGGGGAUCUAGCGCAAAAGGGAAUGUACCUUUAGUGAAUGGUGCGCAAAAUAUUUUUCACAAUUUUCUUUGUACUAAACACGUUACUACGCUAACUAUAAUAUAGUUUUAAUAAUUUUGUUGUAUAAAGGCGAGACGUACAUAUCGAGGGCUUCCCUCUUAACGUGGUAACGGUAAUUUUUAUUUGUGUUAUUGCAAAAUUAUUUUCGAAUAUACUUGUACUCUAACA